AUGACCACUUCAAACACCCGUCCCCACCUCACCGUGCCACCUCGCGAUGCACAGCUCAUUCCCACGGACAGCGAAGAGCAAAGCGGGGACGAAUGUGUGGCUCCAUCAAUCCCUCAUUGUCUGCUCAACGUGAAUAACAGUAACAACAGUGAAGAGUAAGUAUAGGAGGAAAAGAAGAAAAAUGAUAAGAAUGAGAAGAAAGAAGAGAAGGAAAAUGGGGAAAAAGAAAAUAAAGAAAAGCAGGAAAAAGAUAAAGAGAAGGAAAAGGAAAAAGAAAAAGAAAAGGACAAAGACAAGGACAAGGAUAAAGACAAGCCCAAAGAAUUGUUCGUCAUCAACCCCGCUGGGAAUUUGUAUUACAACUGGCUGUUCGUCAUCACACUGCCAGUCAUGUACAACUGGACCACGAUCAUAGCCAGGGCUUCCUUUGAGGAGCUGCAGGAUAACUACAUCCUUUACUGGAUUCUUUUGGACUACACCUCAGACCUAUUCUACAUGUUUGAUAUGCUCGUCAGGACCAGAACAGGUUACCUUGAGCAAGGUUUAUUGGUGAAAGAUGAGAAGUUGCUCCGGGAUCGAUACAUCAGCAGCUUCCAGUUUCGUCUCGAUGUUCUCUCCAUGCUGCCCACUGACGUCCUCUAUUUCUUCCUCGGCCUCAACUACCCGGAGAUCCGCAUCAACAAGCUGCUGAGAAUCAGCCGCAUGAUGGAGUUCUUCACGCGGACGGAGACCAAGACCAACUACCCCAACCUCUUCCGCAUCGGAAACUUGAUCAUGUACAUUCUCAUCAUCAUCCACUGGAACGCCUGUUUUUACUUCUCCUUCUCCAAGUAUAUUGGUUUUGGCGCUGAUGACUGGGUUUACCCGGCCCUGGAUGAUCCUGAGGAGCCGGCCUUUGGGCAGCCCAUGAGGAAGUAUGCAUUCAGCCUAUACUGGUCCACACUGACCCUCACCACCAUCGGAGAAACACCACCACCAGCCCUGGACUCUGAGUUUUUCUUCCAUGUGGGCGACUUCUUAGUUGGAGUCUUGAUCUUUGCCACAAUUGUAGGAAACAUUGCCACCAUGAUCUCCAACAUGAACGCUGCCCAAGCCCAGUUUCAGUCCCGAAUUGACAACAUCAAGCAGUACAUGCAGGUUCGAAAAGUCAGCAAGGAGCUGGAGUUGAGAGUCAUCAAGUGGUUUGACUAUCUGUGGAAUAAUGGCAAGGCACAGGAUGAAAGGGAGGUGCUGCGAUAUCUUCCGGACAAGCUAAAGGCUGAAAUUGCCAUCCAGGUCCACAUGGACACUCUAAAAAAGGUUCGUAUUUUUGCAGACUGCGAGGCAGGUCUGCUGAUCGAGCUGGUGCUCAAGCUGCGGCCUCAGGUCUUCAGCCCCGGAGACUAUAUCUGCAAGAAGGGCGACAUUGGCCGUGAGAUGUACAUUAUCAAAGAUGGAAAACUUGCAGUUGUUGCUGAUGACGGCGUCACACAGUUUGUUGUGCUGGGGAGUGGCAGCUAUUUUGGUGAGAUCAGCAUCCUGAAUAUUAAAGGCAGCAAAGCAGGGAACAGGCGGACGGCCAACAUCCGCAGCAUCGGAUACUCAGACCUCUUCUGCCUGUCCAAGGAUGACCUGAUGGAGUCACUGACAGAGUAUCCGGAUGCAAAAGGCAUGCUGGAGGAGAAAGGCCGGCAGAUCCUGAUGAAAGAUGGUCUGAUCGAGUUGGACCCAGCUAACAUUCUGCCCGAGGCGCAAGAGCUGGAGGAGAAGGUCAACAAAUUGUAUAAUACGAUGGAUCUGAUGCAGACCAAGCUAAAGAAGAUUCUGGGAAAUUACACGAGUGCUGACAAGGCUCUAAGACACCGCAUCAAUGAUCUGGAGCGAAUGACGGGAGAGGAGGUAGACGAGGAGGACGAGGGGGAAGAGGAGGUAAAAAGAGAUGAGAAGGCGGUGGAAGGGGAGAAAAAGGAAGAGGGGGACGCAGAUGGGGAGAAGAGGGAAGACGAAGGAAAAGGCGAAGAGGGAAAAUCUGAGGAAGCAAAAGAUGAGGAAGGGAAGGGUGAGGAGGCAAAAGAAGAAGAUGAGCAGGAUUAA